AUGACUAUCUCAACUUCCACGAAAUAUCGCGUAGCUGUUACUCAGCAUGAGCCGGAAUGGUUUGAUUUGCAGAAGUCGGUGGAAAAAACAUGUCGUAUUAUCACAGAGGCUGCAGAUAACGGUGCGCACAGGACUCGCCCAGUCGACCCGAUUCUCUCUACCACAUAUAUCAAGAACUCCCUAGUCGUCGAUUCCGAUGAGAUGAGAACCAUCCAAGACUGUGCCGCGAAGCAUGGAAUCGUCGUCUCUUUAGGAUUCUCCGAAAACGACAAUAACUCAUUGUACAUUGCGCAAGCUAUCAUCGAUGGCGAUGGAACGAUAGUUAUGAAAAGAAGGAAGCUAAAGGCUACGCAUAUGGAGCGUACAAUUUUUGGAGACUCUUCUGGAGAUAGUCUUAUGAAUGUUGCUUCGACUCGCGUUGGAAAGGUUGGAACUCUAGCUUGCUGGGAACAUUGUCAACCCUUGUUGAAAUAUCAUACUUUGCAUCAAAGGGAGCAAAUUCAUUGCUCGGCAUGGCCACCCAUUGUCAAUCAUACUGGUGGACCUGAGCUAUGGUCAAUGUCUCUGGAAGGUAAAGAAAUACAAUUCUCUCAAUUGCAGGGUGUCACUAACACAUAUUUUCCAGGAUGUCAAGCCCUUUCCCAAGUAUAUGCCAUUGAAUCUCAAACCUUCGUUCUUCAUACCACCACUGUCAUCACAGAAAAAGGAGUCAACGCCAAUUCUUCAGAAGGAGGAGUGUUGAUGUCAGCGCCAGGAGGUGGUGCCUCGGUUAUUAUUGGGCCCGAUGGUCGGGUUGUGUCGACGCCUCUCGAUUCUACAACUGAAGGAAUCGUCUAUGGAGAUAUUGAUCUUGAUCAAGCGCUAUUUGCGCGAAGUUUCUUGGAUAUCUGUGGACACUAUAGUAGGCCGGAUCUUUUAUGGCUUGGAUGCGACACUCGUGAACGCAAAUUAAGGGUAGAGGAGAAGCUUGAAGUCACGGAGAAGUGCUGA